UAGGGCUGAUGGCGGCGGCGGCCGGCCCCGGGACGGCGCUGUCCCCGCGACCGUGCGACAGCGACCCGGCCACCCCCGGAGCGCCGUCCCCGAAGGAUGAUAAUGAAGAUAAUUCAAACGAUGGGACCCAACCAUCCAAGAGGAGGCGAAUGGGCUCCGGAGAUAGCUCUAGGAGCUGUGAGACUCCAAGUCAGGAUCUCGGCUUUAGCUACUAUCCAGCAGAAAAUUUGAUAGAGUACAAAUGGCCACCUGAUGAAACAGGAGAAUACUAUAUGCUUCAAGAGCAAGUCAGUGAAUAUUUGGGUGUGACCUCCUUUAAGCGGAAAUAUCCAGAUUUAGAGCGACGAGAUCUGUCUCACAAAGAGAAGCUCUACCUGAGAGAGCUGAAUGUCAUCACAGAAACUCAGUGCACUCUAGGUUUAACAGCAUUGCGCAGUGAUGAAGUGAUUGAUUUAAUGAUAAAAGAGUAUCCAGCCAAACAUGCUGAGUAUUCUGUUAUUUUACAAGAAAAAGAACGUCAGCGAAUUACAGAUCAUUAUAAAGAGUAUUCUCAAAUGCAACAACAGAAUACUCAGAAAGUUGAAGCCAGCAAAGUGCCCGAGUACAUUAAGAAAGCUGCCAAAAAAGCAGCGGAAUUUAACAGCAACUUGAACCGGGAGCGCAUGGAAGAGAGAAGAGCGUAUUUUGACUUGCAGACACACGUUAUCCAGGUGCCUCAAGGGAAGUACAAAGUGUUACCGACAGAGCGAACCAAGGUCAGUUCUUACCCAGUGGCCCUCAUCCCGGGACAGUUCCAGGAAUAUUACAAAAGGUACUCAGCAGACGAGCUGCGGUAUCUGCCGUUAAACACGGCCCUCUACGAGCCCCCGCUGGACCCUGAGCUGCCGGCCCUGGAUAGCGAUGGCGACUCGGACGACGCCGAGGACGGUCGAGGCGACGAGAAGCGGAAACAUAAAGGCACUUCGGACAGUUCCUCCGGCAACGUGUCUGAAGGAGAAGGCCUUCCCGACGGCCAGGAGGAGCCUCUCCCGGGAAGACAGAGAUCCAAGGACAAAGCUGCUACUCCAAGAAAAGAUGCUUCCAAACGUUCUGUACUGUCCAAGUCAGUCCCUGGGUACAAGCCAAAGGUCAUUCCAAAUGCUCUAUGUGGAAUUUGUCUGAAGGGUAAGGAGUCCAACAAGAAAGGGAAGGCUGAAUCACUUAUACACUGCUCCCAGUGUGAUAAUAGUGGCCACCCUUCUUGCCUGGAUAUGACCAUGGAGCUUGUUUCUAUGAUUAAGACCUACCCUUGGCAGUGUAUGGAGUGUAAAACUUGCAUUGUAUGUGGACAACCCCACCAUGAAGAAGAAAUGAUGUUCUGUGAUGUGUGUGACAGAGGUUAUCAUACUUUUUGUGUGGGCCUUGGUGCUAUUCCAUCAGGUCGCUGGAUUUGUGACUGUUGUCAGCGAGCCCCCCCAACACCCAGGAAAGUGGGCAGAAGGGGGAAAAACAGCAAAGAGGGAUAAAAUAGUUUUUGACCCCAAUAUUGUAAUACGGAUUUAAAUGAACUACUUGGUGCCAAUUUAUUUACAUUCUUGAUUUUAUGCCAAUAAAAGAUUUCUGAAAUUCA